CAAUAAAGUCAAUGGCGGAUGAAUGAAUACGAAGGAAAGCCGCUUGUCGAAACCAACUUUGUCCCAUUUGUUCAUAAACAAAUACUCAACUUUAAGUUAAAAAGUGGUUAUAACAGAUUUUGAUUAAAGACUCAUUUAAAUAAGCAAAAUGUCUCGUUCUGUCCGUGCGGAAACUAGAAACCGUGUCAAAGAUGAUAUCAAAAGGGUAAUGCAAGCCGUGGAAAAAGUUCGCCAUUGGGAGAAAAAAUGGGUGACUAUCGGUGAAACGACGAUGAAAAUUUAUAAAUGGGUUCCAAUAUCUACUAAUGAGCAAAAGAAGAAACACGCGGCUAAACGUGAGAAUAAGGAGAACACAUUGACGCCGAAGAAGGUGCACGACUCCUCUAACUCUAACUUCGGCAUGGCGGAAGAUUCCAACACCUGUUUUUCUACAGUUAGUGACUCUCAAGGGCCAACUGAGUUUACAUCAACAACUAUGAAUUUCUCGGAAGACUCCAACUCCCAGAGUAGUGGCACCACAACACCCGCCAAGCGGUUAAAAACUGACUGAGGCUUGCUCAACAUAUAAGUUAUCUGCGCUGCAAGCCGCUGUAAGACUUUACUUGCGUUACACAGACGUUAUGGACAUGUUGGUAUGUGCUGUGAGUUUAUUUCAUAAGUGUGCAUUCAAGGAGCUAGUAUCAAUUGACCACUUUGCAUUCAAGUGUUUUAGUUUUAUACUUUUAGAAACAUAUGACCAUUAGUUCAAAGAUGUGUUCUUAAUUAAUAUUGGUCUCUGAACGAGAGUCAUGUCAUUUUGUUUGAGUCUAUCAUUAGCAUAAUUCAUUUACUUGCUAGUUCAAGGUGUUCUUUCUAUUGUAAAUAUUAUUUCGGUUUCAUAAAAUGUGACUUAAUUAGAUUUAUUUUAGCAAUAUUACUAAUUUAAUUAUUUUUGCAGGAUGUGAUAUUGAUCACAUAAUGUUGUAUGUCAGACAGUACAAAGCCAUAUAGUGUGUUGUUCAGUGCUAACACAACACAUUAUACUUAACACAAUAUGUUGGUUACUUAGCUUAUGCCAAUAUUGCCACUGUUGCCCUAAUACUGUAGUGUACAGUGCAACUUGCUUAUAAUAAUAGGAUAUUUGCUUUUGGAACAAUUAGUUAUAAAUGGCAGCCAAUAAAUGGUAAUUUUUUAUGGAAUAUAUUUUUUCUACAUUCAGUAGUACAGUAAAGUUUAAGUUUUGAAUAAUGUCAUGUGUCAUGGCCUAUGAAGUCACAAGCUAAUAAUUAUACAUAACCAGUAAUAAUUGAAUCAACAUUUUAGUAUUUUGACUCUGUGAGAAAAUAUUGUAAAAUGGAGUU